AUGGACAGUAGCCAAGGUACAAACACUUUACCCGCUAUAGAGAAGAGAAGAGAGGAAGAUAUAGGACAGGGCGAGCCGGCAUGGGGAGCCACAGCAGCAGAAGGGAAGGAAUUAAAACAGUUCAGUGGAGAAGGUCCCUCUGCUGCAAGUGCUGCAGGCCUUGUAGAUGAAGGCAUGGACCAGGAAGACAGUGACUCUGAAGGUUGCCAGGAGAAUGAGCAGGAAGAAGAGGAGCUAGUUCCCAAGGAGGCCAUGGAGGGCAAGAGUGAAGAGCCUGUGCCAAGGCAGGUGCCUCGACUUCGCUUGCGCCACAGAUUCACCCAGUGGCAGCUGGAGGAACUGGAGCGCAUUUUCCAGACCAAUAGCUCCCUCAGUGUAGAAGCAAGAAGACAAUUGGCCAGAUGGAUGGGUGUCACUGAAGCCAUAGUGAAGAGAUGGUUUGAGAAGAGGAGAGAAAAAUACAGGAGAUACAAGAGGCUAUAA